UGGCCCUCCCGACUUUAUGACGGUAUUGGAUGGAUUAGCAAUGCCCCCGUGGUCCGGGUGGCACACACGCGCGCGCGCACACGCGGCUCCGGCCCGCGUCCCUCCCUCGCGUGCAGCUCCUCGCGGGCGGAUCUCACAUCUGUUUCAACUCUGCGCCGAGGAAGAGCGGCAGCGAGUGUGCGGCGGAACUUGAGGCAAGAGGGGAAGGAACCCCAUCCCCAAGUCGUCACCUCGGCCCCUGCAGCCACACCCCAGAAGAGCCACACCCAUGGCGCCCCCCAGCCUGCUGCUCUGGCUGCUGUCCACUGCGCUCCUCUCCCUGCUGGCCGAAAGCUCCGCCUUCCUUUCCCACCCCCGCCUGAAGGGCCGCUUCCAGAGGGACCGCAGGAACAUCCGACCCAACAUCAUCCUGGUGCUCACGGAUGACCAGGACGUGGAGCUGGGCUCCAUGCAGGUGAUGAACAAGACGCGGCGCAUCAUGGAGCAGGGCGGCGCCCACUUCAUCAACGCCUUCGUGACCACGCCCAUGUGCUGCCCCUCUCGCUCCUCCAUCCUCACGGGCAAGUACGUGCACAACCACAACACCUACACCAACAACGAGAACUGCUCCUCGCCCUCCUGGCAGGCCCAGCACGAGAGCCGCACGUUCGCCGUGUACCUCAACAGCACCGGCUACCGGACAGCUUUCUUUGGGAAAUACCUCAAUGAGUACAACGGCUCGUACGUGCCACCGGGCUGGAAGGAGUGGGUCGGGCUUCUGAAGAACUCCCGCUUUUAUAACUACACGCUGUGCCGCAACGGGGUCAAGGAGAAGCACGGCUCCGACUACUCCAGGGAUUACCUCACGGACCUCAUCACCAAUGACAGCGUGAGCUUCUUCCGAACAUCCAAGAAGAUGUACCCGCACCGGCCGGUGCUCAUGGUCAUCAGCCACGCGGCCCCCCACGGCCCCGAGGACUCGGCUCCCCAGUACUCCCGACUCUUCCCCAACGCAUCCCAGCACAUCACACCAAGCUACAACUACGCACCCAACCCGGACAAGCACUGGAUCAUGCGCUACACGGGGCCCAUGAAGCCCAUCCACAUGGAAUUCACCAACGUGCUCCAGCGCAAGCGCCUGCAGACCCUCAUGUCCGUGGACGACUCCAUGGAGACGAUUUACGACAUGCUGGUGGAGACGGGCGAGCUAGACAACACCUACAUCGUGUACACCGCCGACCACGGCUACCACAUCGGCCAGUUCGGCCUGGUGAAAGGGAAGUCCAUGCCCUACGAGUUUGACAUCAGGGUCCCAUUCUACGUGAGGGGCCCCAACGUGGAGGCCAGCUCUCUGAACCCCCACAUCGUCCUGAACAUCGACCUGGCUCCUACCAUCCUGGACAUCGCAGGCCUGGACAUCCCCGCAGACAUGGACGGGAAAUCCAUCCUUAAGCUGCUGGACACAGAGCGGCCAGUGAACCGAUUCCACCUGAAAAAGAAGCUGAGGGUCUGGCGCGACUCGUUCCUGGUGGAGAGAGGCAAACUGCUGCACAAGAGGGACAGUGACAAGGUGGACGCCCAGGAGGAGAACUUCCUGCCCAAGUACCAGCGCGUGAAGGACCUGUGCCAGCGCACAGAGUACCAGACGGCGUGCGAGCAGCUGGGGCAGAAGUGGCAGUGCGUGGAGGACGCCUCUGGGAAGCUGAAGCUUCAUAAAUGCAAGGGGCCCACGCGGCUCGGCGACGGUGGCGGCGGCGGCAGACCCCUCUCCAACCUGGUGCCCAAGUACUACGGGCGGGGCGGCGAAGCCUGCAGCUGUGACAGCGGGGACUACAAGCUGGGCCUGGCUGGACGCCGGAAGAAGUUCUUCAAGAAGAAGUACAAGGCCAGCUAUGCCCGCAACCGUUCCAUCCGCUCCGUGGCCAUUGAAGUGGAUGGCGAGGUGUACCACGUAGGCCUGGAUGACACACCCCAGCGCCACAACCUUACCAAGCGGCACUGGCCAGGGGCCCCAGAGGACCAGGAUGACAAGGACACCGGCGGAUUCAGCGGCACUGGAGGCCUCCCAGACUACUCCGCCCCCAACCCCAUUAAAGUGACCCAUCGGUGCUACAUCCUCGAGAAUGACACUGUCCAGUGUGACCUGGACCUGUACAAGUCCCUGCAGGCGUGGAAAGACCACAAGCUACACAUCGACCACGAGAUCGAAACCCUGCAGAACAAAAUUAAGAACCUGAGGGAAGUCCGAGGCCAUCUGAAGAAAAAGCGACCAGAAGAAUGUGACUGCCACAAAAUCAGUUACCACGCACAACACAAAGGCCGCCUCAAGCACAAAGCCUCCAGCCUGCAUCCUUUCAGGAAGGGUCUGCAGGAGAAGGACAAGGUGUGGCUGUUGCGGGAGCAGAAACGCAAGAAGAAGCUCCGCAAGCUCCUCAAGCGCCUGCAGAACAACGACACGUGCAGCAUGCCGGGCCUCACGUGCUUCACCCACGACAACCAGCACUGGCAGACGGCGCCUCUCUGGACACUGGGCCCUUUCUGUGCCUGCACCAGUGCCAAUAACAACACGUACUGGUGCAUGAGAACCAUCAACGAGACCCACAACUUCCUCUUCUGUGAAUUUGCCACCGGUUUCCUCGAAUACUUUGACCUCAAUACAGACCCUUACCAGCUGAUGAACGCCGUGAACACACUGGACAGAGACGUCCUCAACCAGCUGCACGUGCAGCUUAUGGAGCUGAGGAGCUGCAAGGGUUACAAGCAAUGUAACCCUCGGACCCGAAACAUGGACCUGGGCCUUAAAGGAGGAGGAAGCUAUGAGCAGUACAGAAACCGUAGGCAGUUUCAGCGUCGAAAAUGGCCGGAGAUGAAGAGACCUUCUUCCAAAUCACUGGGACAGCUGUGGGAAGGCUGGGAAGGUUAGGAAGCUGCAGGCACGGACCUCCGAUCCCGAGAGGCCUCACGCGGCUGUACGGGGCCGUGCGUGCGAAACCAUGUGAUUCCCAGCGGCCCGUCCAUGCUGGAAGCCGGGAGGCCUGGGACAGGGACACCCUGGAAGAUAACUGUGAGGAGCGGAGACUUCGGGGAGCCGCUUUUGCCCCUGCUUUGCUUUGGUUACACCUCAUGGCCGUGCAGAAAGCAUUUCACAUGAGGAAGUCGCCGCUCACCGUCUAGAGACUCACAUGGGGAAAAAAAAAGAAAAAAAAAAAAAACAGCACUGAUGCUCAUGGAAAUUUCUUCCAGGGGUAAAAGUCUCUGGAAUUUUUUUUUUUUUUAAAUCAUGGGGGAAAGCAACCUUGUUUAACCUUCGUAUUCUUUUGAUUUCAUCACAAAGAAGAAACGGAAAAAGCAGGACAGGGGCAACUUAAGGAUACUGAACACAGUACACAGUGUGACAGAGUUAAUAGCACAAAAAAUACCAUGUAUCUAGCACAGUAACCCUGGUUGCCUCUAAAGACACUGCCUUCGCUGUGUAUAUGUGACUAUUACAUGUAACCAACACGGGAACUUCUAGGGGAAUCUGACCAAUAAGAAAUCCCAAUUUCCAAGAGUGGUGGUGUCAAUAAACGCUCUGUGGCCAGUAUAAAAGAAAAUCCCUUGCCCAUGUGGGACAUUUAUGUUCCCGCCCAGCAUUCAUUCCUGCCAUACAUUCCAGAACAGAUGGUUUGGUUUGGUUUAUUUUUAAGGUCCUGAAAAUCCAAGUUGAUGAUGUGCCCCAUGUUUUAACGGCAUUGUAUUUGUAAAGAGAAUUUGUAGUGUUAAGUGUUGUCGUUCAAUGUUCAAAGCCAAUGUGAAGUUGUUGGUUAAGAAGUAAUCUUUUAAUUUGGGGGGACCUUUUUCCUUUUGUUCGUGGGGGCUGGGGCGGAGCGGUUGUAAAUCGUUUGCGGUACUGUUGGCUCCUGCUUUGGAAGUAAGCGUGAAGGCAAGCACACUGGUCGUUAGUGGCUAAAACGUUCCACACUCCAAGGGAUAUCACGGUUAAGUCUCACUCCA